AUGACUCCCGUGGCACCCGGGAAACCCUCCGAUGUAAACGAGACCGAGUCCGAGCAGCAGCAGCAGCAACUUUACGAAAAAUCGCGGGGAUUCGCACCGUACGUGACUACCCUCGUGCCCGAGAAACCGCCUGAUGUGAACGAGACCGAGUCCAAGCAACACCAGCAGCAACAAAGUUCCUCCGCGGUGGAAGUCCAGGCAAAGUCUGCAGGUCCCGCGGUAUCGGAAAGCCCGAGAAACAAGUUGUCUGCCUUUUUCUCAAGAAAACCAUCGGUGAGCCCGAAGAGUGUUCGUAUGGUUGAAGAGGAACGCAUGAGUUCGCCCAGCCCGCAAAGCACCAGGAGCAGGCGACAGGUGAGAGCCUAA